AUGUCCCUCGAAGGACACCCCCUCUCGGGCAGCCCCGAGCUCACCAUGGCCUACGCCAACGCCUCGUGCCUGGACUUCCUGCUCAUUGAGCUGGUGCCCAUGGCGUACCGCAUGGCGGCCGAGCUGGCCGCGCGCGAAGACGAGUACCUGGCGGGGCCGAGCGCGCCCGGCGCCGUCGGAGCCAAGACGCGCGCAAGAGCGGGGAGCGGCGCCGGUGGCAGUACGAUUGCGGGCGGCGCGAGCGCGUCCGGCUCCACCGUCGACGAUGACGAGACUAGGGAGGCCGUGUUUUUCAGGCUCGAGAUGCUCGGAUACAGAGUCGGGUUGGGCAUUGUGGAACGCUUCUCCCGCGACAAACCCCGCUUUACCGACACCCUCGACGUCAUCAAGUUCGUGUGCAAGGACCUGUGGACCCUGGUAUUCCGCAAGCAGAUUGAUAACCUCAAGACCAACCACCGCGGCAUCUACGUCCUCACCGACAACACUUUCAAGCCGCUGACACGCAUGAGCCUCGAAAAGGGCGCCGACAACACUGCGCUGACCAGGGCGCAACCUUUCCUCUACUUCCCCGCCGGUCUGAUCCGCGGCGCGCUCGCUAGCAUGGGCAUCACAGCGACUGUCCAAGCGGAAACAACGGCUCUACCGGGUGCGACCUUCCAGAUCCGCACGCAAGGUUCCAAGGCCUGA